AUGGAAGGCGAGAUCAAGGAUGUGAUCAAGUAUUGGGUGGAGGGUGAGAUUAGCAAUUUCGUCGAGGUAUGGUUAUCUGUGUACGUCUCUUUGUGCUACUGCUACUUGGCUGGAAAGAUCGUCCCAAAGGGCAUGCCAAGGUUCUUGGCAUUUCUUCCCAUAAUCUGUCUCUUCGUAUAUCUCCCUCUCAAACUCCACACCUUACAUCUUGGGGUCACCACUGCCUUCUUCGUAGCAUGGCUUUCCAACUUCAAACUCCUCAUGUUUGCUUUCCACAGAGGCCCUCUCUCCGACCCUUCACUCUCUUUUCCUCGCUUCAUAGCCUUGGCAUGCCUCCCCAUCAGAAUUCGACAAAAACCACCCCCGGAGGAAACUCCACAAAAUGGUCAUCCUGAAAAUACCCCACCUCAAAAAGAGUCGUCAAAGAAGAAAAGCCAUCGAUCUGUAGUCAGUUACGCUACGAAAGGGGUCCUCUUGGCAUCCAUGAUUAAAUUGUACGACUACAGUGACCAAAUCAAUCCGCUCAUAAUCUGGAUUUUGUACUGUUUCCAUAUGUACUUUGCACUGGAAAUUAUACUAGCAAUUGUGGCCACCAUGGCACGGGUGUCACUAGGGGCAGAAUUGGAACCAACGUUUAACGAGCCCCUGUUCUCGUCGUCGCUGCAAGAUUUCUGGGGUCGCAGAUGGAACCUCAUGGUUACCCGUAUUCUCCGCCCGUCCGUAUACGAACCUGUCCACAAACUGGCAGAGAAGUUACUCGGCCGGGAGUUGGCCUCGGUUCCAGCGGUGUUAGGAACUUUCGUUGUUUCUGCCCUAAUGCACGAGCUGAUCUUUUACUAUAUGGGCCGUGCGAGGCCUACAGGGAAGCUGACUGGGUUCUUUUUGUUGCAUGGGGUUUGUAUGGUUGUGGAGGUUGCUGCUAAGAAGGCUCUCAAGAGUAGGUGGCGGUUGCCAAGGUUUCUUUCGACGGCCUUGGUGGUUGUAUUUGUCAUGGUCACCGGACUUUGGCUGUUCCUGCCGGAGAUGCUGAGGAAUAACGCUGAUGUAAGAGCUUUGAAGGAGUAUGCUGCCAUCGGUGCGUUUGUGAGGGAUGUUGGCAGAGCUUUGGCUUUUGUACCAUCAGGCAAUGCAACCAGUGCAUAG